AUGACAUCGGCGGAAAAGAACUACGCUCAGGGUGAACGCGAGGCCCUUGCCUUGAUUUUCGGGUUGAGGAAAUUCCACCGCUACCUGUACGGAAGGACGUUCACCCUGUACACAGACCACCAGCCGCUCGUCGGUAUUCUGGGGCAAGAUAAACCCGUGCCUAGCAUAGCCGCGGCCCGCAUGCAACGAUGGGCGAUGACGCUGGCAGCUUAUAAAUAUCAGCUGAAGUGUCGACGCGGGAAAAAUAUAGAAGUAGCGGACGCGCUGUCGAGACUUCCAUGCGCAGAUUCCAGCAAAGAAGAACCAGCCGAGUGUUUGGCAGUCUUUGAGUGCCUUCCGUUAACUGCCGAAAUGAUAGCAAGAGCGUUAAAAAGAAACAUAAUCUUGUCCCGCGUUGCCGAAUUCACAAUGAAUAGCUGGCCCAGCAGCUGCGCAGAGGAACUCAAGCCUUACUAUGCCAGGCGGAGUGAACUGUCACUUGAACAAGGCUGCGUCACGUGGGGCUCCAGGGUCGUCAUUCCAGACUCCCUGCGUGAUCAAGUGCUAAACUUGUUACAGGAAGAGCACCCCGGGGCCAGACGCAUGGAAAUGCUCGCCAGAAGUUAUGUGUGGUGGCCGGAAAUGGACCAGGCCAUUGAGCAAUACGUUCAACGAUGUUCGAUCUGUCAGGCCGUCCAACCCGCCGCUGAAUCGGUACCCUUGCACCCGUGGAUGUACCCGGCAACAUGUUGGUCGCGAGUACAUGUAGAUUUUGCGGUCAAGGAUGCGAGUGUGUUUUUGGUGUUAGUCGACGCUUACUCGAAAUGGGUGGAAGUCUGGCCAAUGGCUUCCACGUCUGCAACUAAGACAAUGGAAAAACUUCGAGGCACAUUUGCCGCAUACGGACUUCCGGAAACGCUGGUAAGCGAUAACGGACCACAGUUCACGUCCGCUGAGUUCGCGGACUUCUUGUCGGCUAAUGGUGUGAAACACGUUCGCAUUCCUCCCUAUCACGCCGCAUCGAAUGGGGCGGCAGAACGCAUGGUGCAGACUGUCAAGCGAGCCUUGCUAAAACAAGUUUUGGAAGAGAACGCUUCGGGUAGUCGCUGUUCGUUCCAAGAACGAGUCGACAAAUUUCUGUGUGCGUAUCGAAACACUCCCAGCAGUGUGACAGGGCAGUCGCCGGCCCAGUUGUUUCCAAGAAGGCAACCGCGCACGAAACUUCCCUUACUGAAACCUGAUUUUGGGAAGGCUAUGCGAGAUAAGCAAGAGGGCGUGAAAGAACACUGUGACGAGAGGCGUGGUGCGGCGCGUGUGUUUCUUGUGGGUGAGCGCGUUUACGUGAAAACUGUGCGCGGAGAACUUGUGUCGUGGCAGGAAGCAGUGGUGACUCAAGUGGUCAGUGCGGUGACGUAUGUGGUGAAAGUGCACAAUCAGUUUCGUUUUGUCCACGCCGAUCACCUGCGGUCUCUACAUGCCGGCGCAUCUAAGAAAGUGGACGACGUGGAGAGAUAG